GAAGGUAGUUGAAAAGAACAACAAAAACGCACACACACAACACUGUAAAUGAGGAAAAAUUGCUUCCUAAAUUAACUUAAGCGAAAAGGAGGGAGAGAUCAUCACAAAACAAAAACAGAAAAAACAAAAAGGCCAAAAUCAAAAAAAAUCAAAAGACAACAAAUUUUCGAACAUGUCCAACGCAAAUGUCAAGAAAACAGAAACGGAAAACUGCACCAGCAGCAGCAGCAGCAGCAGCAAUAACAACUUCAAACAGUUGUCUUCGCCCUCACAACAAUCCCACGAUGGCAAAACAAUUCUAUUAAAUGGCCAUCAGCGUACCAAUGGACUCACCCAUACAGCGGCAGCAAUUGCAGCCGCCACCUCCACAGCCUCCUUAUCAUCUGCAGCCUCAUCGAUGGCGGCGGCGACGACUUCUUUGGGUGUCGGCGGCGGCGGCGGCGGCAAUUUGGGUCUAAAUGCGGCAUUGAUUUCAUCGACAACCCCUGCCACGGCAUUGCCACCAAAUACCAAUGGCCUGCAGUCACCCUAUGAACGUUAUAGAGAGGAUGACACCAGCUAUGUGCCCAUCGGACAAUUCUUUGCAGGACGCAGCGUAUUCAUUACAGGCGGCACUGGAUUCAUGGGAAAGGUACUUGUUGAGAAAUUGCUGCGCUCAUGUCCCGAUAUAAGAAAUAUUUAUCUGCUGAUACGACCGAAACGUGGCCAAGAGGUAUCGGCACGCCUUACGGAAUUGCUAAAUGCACCACUGUUUGAGUCACUACGUCGCGAAAAACCCAAGGAGCUGAGCAAAGUUAUACCCAUAUCCGGCGACAUAACAUCCGAGGAGUUGGGCAUUUCAGAAAAAGAUCAGAACCUUCUGUGUCGCAAUGUUUCCAUUGUAUUUCAUUCAGCUGCCACUGUGAAAUUCGAUGAGAAGCUCAAGCUCUCUGUCACAAUCAAUAUGCUGGGCACGAAGCGUUUGGUUGAGCUAUGUCAUCGCAUGUUGUCUCUAGACGCACUAAUUCACGUCUCCACUGCCUAUUGCAAUUGCGAUAGAACCGAUGUAUCUGAGGUUAUCUAUGCACCACCCUAUAAUCCCGACGAUAUCAUCUCAUUAAUCAACUGGCUUCCGGAGGAUAUACUCGAUCAGCUUACACCACGCCUCAUUGGCAAACGCCCCAAUACGUAUACAUUUACAAAAGCCUUAGCGGAGCAUAUGUUACUUAAGGAGGCUGGUAAUCUGCCCGUUGCGAUUGUAAGGCCCUCGAUUGUGACUGCCAGCCUGAAUGAGCCAUUUGCCGGUUGGGUGGAUAAUUUUAAUGGGCCAACGGGUCUAGUCUCGGCUUUGGCCAAAGGCCUAUUCCGCACUAUGAUGUGCGAAAAGAACUAUGUGGCCGAUAUGGUACCUGUCGAUAUUGUGAUUAAUCUAAUGAUUGCCGCCGCCUGGCGCACAGCGACGCGUAAAUCCAAUAAUCUACUCAUAUACAAUUGUUGUACCGGUCAACGUAAUCCCAUAUUAUGGUCAGAGUUUGUCAAACAUGCCAUGACCAGUGUGCGCAAACAUCCCCUGGAGGGCUGCCUGUGGUAUCCAACGGGUGAGCUGCGCAUGAAUCGUCCCAUGAAUACGCUGAAUUGUAUAUUAAAACACUUUGUUCCGGCCUACAUACUGGAUGGAGUGGCGCGCAUUAUGGGUAAAAAGCCAUUCGUUGUCAACGUACAAAAUAAAAUUGCCAAAGCUGUGGAAUGUUUAGAGUAUUUUGCCACACGUCAAUGGCGUUUCAAGGAUGACAAUGUGAAUGCUUUGCUGCAUACGCUCAGUCCCAAGGAUCGUGAGAUAUUUGUAUUCGAUGUACGCCACAUAAACUGGGAUAAAUAUGUUGAACGUUAUGUGUUGGGCUUCAGGGAGUUUCUAUUCAAACAGCGGCCCGAAUCGCUGCCAGCCAGCAGAAAGCGUAUGGUUAGACUGUACUAUCUGCAUCAGCUGACCAAGUUGGUGGCCGUUCUAAUCACCUGGCGCUUUUUAAUGUCACGUUCAAAGCGUUUAAAUGACCUGUGGAGCGCCUUCCUGGACAAUGCGCUGAAGAUGGCACGUUUGAUACCAUUUUUGUAAUGAAUGAAACUUUGCGGUGAUCAUCACAAUUGAUUGGCAAUUCA